AUGAGUAUUUCUAAUAAUAUAUCUGCAUCAUUAUUAACAUAUUUACAAAAUGGUGAUAUUUGCAAUUAUUUAAAUAUAAGAACAACGUCAAAGGACGAUUCUAAUAAUUUGACAAUCAAAUUAGAUUUAUUAGAUCAAUUAAAUAAUAAAACAAUUUUUGAUUUUAUUUUUUCAAAUAUUAAUCACCAAUUAAUUGUUGCUGAAUGUACAUAUAAAUAUUAUUUAAAUUAUAUAUCUACUCCUCAAUACAACAAUCUUAUUCUAAAUUUACGUAAUAUGGGAGUAUGGAGUGGAAACAUUUUUUAUCAUAUUCUUCCGGCUAUUUUUGCAUUCAUUUCUAUAUUAUUAAAUAUCAGCUUAAUAAUUGUCUCUUUUAAAAAAUUAAAAGUAAUAUUAUUUUAUAAAGACUUGGUCACGGAUAUAGAUAAAAUCCGAAAGUCCGUAGAUAUCCGACAAACGGAUUAA